UGCGACUGGAGAUGAAGGUUAUAGACCAAGGAGAGGAUGGCCAACAAUAGUAGAGAGCAUUUUUUAUCGAGGAUUUGGAGGAUCUCAUCACACAUCUUAAUUGACAUUUUAUCGGUUCUUCCCAUUCCACAGGCAGUGAUCCUUAUCUUCAUGGACUCUAGUUCUUUGAAUACGAGGAAGUUUUUGGCUUUUCUUGCUCUGUUGCAAUAUGUACCACGAGUUCUUCGUAUCUACUUAUUGUGUACCAAACUCAACAAGCCUCCUGCUAAAGAGACUGAGAUAUGGAUUUUAUUUCAAGGCGCUUUCAGUUUCUUUUUGUACAUCCUUGCUAGUCAUGUAUUUGGAGCUUUCUGGUACUUUUUAGCUAUCCAGCGAGAGACGGUUUGCUGGCAAAAUGCUUGUCGAAACAACAAUGGAUGUCAACCUACUACCUUCUACUGCAAUGGUCGUUCAAUCAGAAACAUCACAUUUCCGGACGACUUAUGCUCUAUGAAUCCACACAAUACUAAUGCAACACCCUUUGAUUUUGGUAUGUUUGUUGAGGCUGUCCAGUCUGGUGUGUUGGAGUCAACAAAUUUACCGAAAAAAUUCUUUCAUUGUUUCUGGUGGGGCUUGCGAAAUCUAAGUUCUCUCGGGCAAAACCUCGAGACGAGUAACUAUACAUGGGAAAAUAUCUUUGCCAUUUUUAUUUCUCUAAGUGGCUUGCUCCUGGUUGUACUAUACCUCCCUACAAAUUUGAAGAUACGUAUGGAGUUGGUAACUAGAACAUCAGCCAAGAUGAGAAAUAUACAGCAGCAGGAAACGAAAUAUCGAGAGGUACUACGCUGGUUAUCUGAAAAUAACAUCCCUGAGGAUAUGAAGGGGACGAUCAUGCAAAAGGUGGACGAACAACUUGAACCAAACAAAGAUGUUCAUGUGGAGAAUAUCCUCCAUAUUCUUCCCUUGGAACAAAAGGGAUUUAUUAAGCGACAUCUCUGCUGGCCUAUAAUGAAGGAAGUAAGUUCCCCUCAUCUCCAAAGCGUUCAAUUUUUCGUUACUUUAAUUAGUAAAGGGAGAUGUUAGAUGUUAUUGGAACUC